UUUUUCCCUCCUUCACUUUUACCUUUUAUUUUCCCUUUUUUACACAAUCUGUCCUGCUACCAAGCUAAAUCAUUGUUCAAUUGCUUCUUUCACACCAAUGCUUAGUUUAAAACUAUGCAUAAUCGCGUUUCAAUGAUAAUCGUUGCUAUUUAUGGCUGAUUUGGUGCUAUUAAACGAUGCUUCCCUGCAAUCACAGUUUGCUGGAGUUGAGCGACACAUUAAAGCACUGCCCACGUAUGUAUGUGGUGUCAAAUGAACAAAAGAGGCGUGUAUUUUCAUUAUUAUUGUUAUUGUUAUUACAGUAUUAUUAUUUCCGCUAAGUAAGGGAGAGCUAAUCUCCUCCCAGUUGGCGGGGAGUUUUCUAGCAACUGUUGCCCGGUGAGGCAGCGCCAUAGCCACCGUAGUCGUGGCGACUGUAACCCACCAACAACAAGCUCUCGCUUCAUCAUUACCACCUCCUCCGCCAUCCUCAUACUCACCCGCCGCUCCACAAGCAGGAGCCAUGCAGACCCCAGAAGAAGGUGCUGACUCCGCCUCCACCGUCCCUAUUCAGACCACCGUGCCUGUCCAGCCAGCCGGCUCCACCCAGCAGCUGCCCGUCCAGCAACAGACGCAGACAGUUCAACAGGUCCAGCAUGUUUACCCAGCACAGGUGCAGUACGUGGAGGAAAAUAGUGGCGUCUACACCAACGGCAACAUAAGAACCUACUCAUACUCAGAGCCACAGUUGUACAGCCAGAACAGCGGCGGGAGCUACUUUGACACGCAAGGGAGCUCGUCCCAAGUGUCCACGGUGGUCACCUCCCAUGGGAUGGCCAAUAACGGCAGCGGGGGCAACGGAGGCAUGAGCAUGGGACUGCCGGGGGGUCAGGUCAUCGGCGGCGCUUCCGGGUCCUACCUCAUGGACAACGCCGGCGCCCACCCUUCUGCCCAGACUGCACGGGCCUCCCCAGCGACUAUUGAAAUGGCGAUUGAGACGCUCCAAAAAUCUGAGGGUUUAUCCAGUCAGAGAAGCUCGCUGCUCAACAGCCAUCUGCAGUGGCUGCUGGACAACUACGAAACAGCAGAGGGCGUGAGUCUACCGCGAUCCACCCUCUACAAUCACUACCUGCGCCACUGCCAGGAGCAGAAGCUGGACCCCGUCAACGCGGCGUCCUUCGGCAAACUCAUCCGCUCCAUUUUCAUGGGACUCCGCACCAGGCGCCUCGGGACGAGAGGGAACUCCAAAUAUCAUUAUUAUGGUAUACGUGUGAAGCCCGACUCGCCGCUCAACAGACUCCAGGAGGACAUGCAGUACAUGGCCCUCAGACAGCAGCCCGUUCAACAGAAACAGAGGUUCAAACCGGUGCAGAAGUUUGACACCAGCCCCACAGAGAACUACUCAAGUGGGGGCCAUAACCACCCGGGGGCGGCAGAGCAGACCGUCAUCGCGCAGAGUCAACAUCACCAGCAGUUUUUAGAUGCAUCACGGGCACUCCCCGACUUUGUGGAGCUGGACCUGGGGCAGUGCAAUCCGGAGAACAUCAGCACGGAGGACGUCAAGGCUUUACAAUCACUUUACAGGGAGCACUGUGAGGCCAUCCUGGACGUGGUUAUCAACCUGCAGUUUAGCCUCAUUGAGAAGCUUUGGCAAACAUUCUGGCGUUAUACUUCGCCCGACUCUGUAGAGGGCGCCACUAUCACGGAAAACAGCAGCAUAAGUGAGAUUGAAGCCCGACUCCCGCAGUCUCAACUGCUGGCGCUGUGCAGACACGAAGCUGUGCUCAAGUGGAUGAGCACCUGCGACCAUCUGAUGUACCAGGCCCUCGUGGAGAUCCUCAUCCCUGAUGUCCUGAGACCCAUUCCCAGUGCCUUGACUCAAGCCAUUCGCAAUUUUGCCAAAAGCCUGGAAAGUUGGCUCAAUAAUGCCAUGAAUGCGAUUCCGCAGAGGAUGAUCCAGACCAAGGUUGCCGCAGUUAGUGCCUUUGCGCAAACACUACGCAGAUACACAUCUCUGAACCACCUGGCUCAAGCGGCACGUGCCGUGUUGCAGAACACGUCGCAGAUCAACCAGAUGCUGAGCGACCUCAACCGCGUCGACUUUGCCAACGUACAGGAGCAGGCGUCGUGGGUGUGCCAGUGCGAGGAGAACAUGGUUCAGCACUUGGAGCAGGACUUCAAGGCUACCCUACAGCAGCAAAGCUCUCUGGAGCAGUGGGCGGCCUGGCUGGACAACGUGGUCACUCAAGUGCUGAAGCCCUACGAGCAGCGGCCCAGCUUCCCUAAGGCGGCCCGGCAGUUCCUACUAAAGUGGUCCUUCUACAGUUCGAUGGUCAUCAGGGACCUGACCCUGCGAAGUGCUGCGAGCUUCGGUUCUUUUCACCUGAUCCGCCUGCUUUACGACGAGUACAUGUUCUACUUGGUGGAGCAUCGGGUGGCUCAAGCUACGGGAGAGACUCCUAUUGGCGUCAUGGGCGAGUUUGACAGCCUGAACAGCCUGUCGCUUACAAACAUCGAUAAAGAUGAAACCAGCGGCAUGGACAGCGAUUUAGACGAGGAGCCCGAGGAAUCCGGGGAACCUCUGGCUAAACGUGAGAAGUCGGAGCACGAAGUGAUCCAAGUGAUCCAGGUGGGCGCCCUGGAGGACGGAUCCCACCCGGUGGUGGGCGUGGUCCAGCCCAACAUCUGUCUGUCUCUCCCCCCCCCCCGACCCCCACCCCGGGUCAGAUUCCGAAGCGAUGCGGUUUUCCCCGCGUCUGUUCUGAAUGCUGCGUCCUCCCUUGAAUCUUUGCUGAAUUUUGCCAGAGAAAGAGGACCACGUGAAUCGCAGGGUCUAACGAAAAUCAGCUUUCUACUACUGAUGUCUACGAGCUGAAAUGCGGCCCCGCUGUAUAUAGAGUUGCUUCUAAUUAGUACAACCCAAAAAAAA